GUCAUUUCGUGAAAAUCAAAAUAACCUAAACCGUCCAUAACCAUUACACUUAUUGUACUGUACCGAAUUUGAGUUUUUAUAUAUCUAGAAAGAUUUUAUCCAUUUCGCAGUUUAAAAUCUAACUUACCUGCUAAAAUGUCGGGUCUUCUGAGGGCAUUAUUUCAACCUUUAAAAUUAUUUAAACAAACAAUGGGACCAAUAUCAAGUAUUCCACCUAGCACAGCUUUAGUUAAAUCAGAAUAUCCCAUAUUAACUACUAUCAGAACUAAAGUACGCUGCUACUUUCCUCGGCCUAAUGAAGUCCGAAGGGUGCGGCGACAUGGAUGGAAAACAAGGAUGUCUACUCCCGCUGGACGCAGAACUAUUAUGAGAAGACUUUUAAAAGGAAGAUUUGUUCUAUCUCAUUAAAUCCUUAUCAUGUUUUAGCUUUAGAAAAAUAAAUAAAAUUAUACAACAAAA